UCCUCAGAUUUUGAAGCAAGUUUUAUUCGCCUGAUUGACAAAGUGACCAAUGGCUCUCGGAUUGAAAUAAACCAAACAGGUACUACCUUGUAUUAUCAGCCCGGUCUUCUGUACGGAGGCUCGUUGGAACAUGACUGCAGCCCCAGUCGCGGUAUUGGCUAAAAUUUUGAAAAUAUGCUCUGCUUGGCACCUUUCAUGAAACAUCCAUUGAAGAUUGUCCUGAGGGGAGUAACAAAUGAUCAAGUAGAUCCUUCAGUUGAUGUCCUUAAGGCUACAGCUCUACCACUGCUGAAGAAGUUUGGAAUUGAUGGUGAAAGUCUGGAAAUCAAAAUCAACCGAAGAGGAAUGCCUCCCAAAGGGGGAGGAGAAAUAGUGUUUUCUUGCCCGGUGAGAAAGGUCUUGCAGCCUAUUCAGUUCACAGACCCUGGGAAAAUCAAGCGCAUCAGAGGAACUGCAUACUCUGUCAGAGUGUCACCACAGAUGGCAAACAGAAUGGUGGAAUCUGCAAGGAGCAUCCUGAAUAAAUUCCUUCCAGACAUUUAUAUCUACACAGAUCAUAUGAAGGGGGUCAGCUCUGGCAAAUCACCAGGUUUUGGCAUGUGCCUGACUGCAGAAACCAUCAACGGCACUAUUCUCAGUGCUGAACUAGCCUCAAACCCUCAGGGCCAGGGAGCAGCUGUGCUUCCCGAGGAACUUGGCCAGAAUUGUGCUAAGCUGUUGCUUGAGGAGGUCUACAGGGGAGGCUGUGUAGAUUCAACAAAUCAGAGCCUUGCUCUGCUCCUCAUGACCCUUGGACAACGGGAUGUUUCCAAAGUCCUGUUAGGACCUCUGUCUCCAUACACAAUUGAGUUUCUCCGACACCUGAGAAGCUUCUUCCAGAUCAUGUUUAAAAUUGAAACGAAGACCCCUGAGGAAGAGCACAUGGGUGGGGAGAAAGUCUUAAUGACGUGUGUUGGCAUUGGAUUUUCCAACCUUAGCAAAACUAUAAGAUAAGAAGCACCUGCAGGCUUCAUGAAAUGGGGUGACAGAAAAUGCUGCAAAGAUCUGAUAAAACCUGCCUUUCCCUGUGCUUAUUCUGGCAU